UUGCAAUCAUUCCAAACCUUUCCAAGAGAAGCCGAGGAGGAGAUAUCACUGUCGAUUCUUGACGAGUAGUCGCGCUUACGUCGACAUAUGUGUCGAUUUCUUUCUCUCGUCGAGAAUUUAUAUUUAUUCCGAAACUGGAACUCGUCGCGGCAACCACGAUAUCGCUACUCUUCUUGCUUAUCGAUCGCGCUAUCAAAUCUUGACAAUGAUUAUAAAAUUAAAUUGUUUGUAAACAUUUUGAGAGUGCAUAUAGUUUUGCAAUCUUUCAAAUUAUAAGUGGAAAUCAUUCUCCGCAAACCAGUGCUCCGAUCUGCAGAUUUUGGCAAUCAUCUGUUUGAAUCCGUGCAUUGUCGUUUCUGUGAUGCUGUGAUUUGCGUUUGUGAUAACCCCUGUUUGUGAUAACAAUAGAAUUAUUAUUCUCUAAAAAACUCUUUAUGAUAUGUAUUUUAAUAGAGUCUUCAAAAUUUAGAGAAGAAUUCCACCUUCUAGCAACGAUCGGAGAAGUUUCUCGAAGUUUGAACAAUGUUAAAUCCGCUAUAGAAGUACUCUAAACAGAGAAGCAUCUGGUUGAAGCCGGGUGGGAGAAGCAGAAUACGAGGCAACUAUUUGCGAGCAAAGGAGCAAGAGAAGCAAAGGAUAGCAGAAAAAGAGAAAGUAAGAAGGAGUUAUAGAAGGUACGAGAUAUAGGCAAGGAUAGUGGCAGUUAGUUGAGCAAGAAGAGAGUUAGGGACAAAGAAAGGCAGACGAAGAGCGACAGAACAGAAAGAAAAAUAUAAUUUUUUUCCAAGACCAAUUUUUUAAAAUGAGUAAGGACAAUCCAAGUAAUUUACACAUGACCGAGAAUAUCUUUGACAAGGACUCGAAGAAGACACGAUGGCGCAAUCUCGUGGCCUUUUGGAUUCUGGGAUUGUGCAACAAUUACGGCUAUGUCGUGAUGCUGAGUGCUGCCCACGAUAUCCUGAAUAUCAAGUUCGGUGACAAGGACUCCACGCUAAACACAAAUGGGACAAAUACGACGGGGAUUCGCUCGUGCAACACACUUUCAACCGGUGCAAUACUCUUGGCAGAUAUUCUACCAUCGUUGGCGAUUAAGAUGACGGCGCCGUUCCUGCCGUUUUAUGUACAUUUUCGAGUGGCUAUGUGUGUGUUAUAUUCCGCUGCAGGAUUUCUCAUGGUGUCGUUGAGCACUGCUGAAUGGCUCGCCAUUCUGGGCGUCAUCAUAACAUCGCUCUCCUCCGGCUUGGGUGAGGUCACCAUGCUCAGUUACAGUAAUCAAUUUUCCAAUCAGGUGAUUUCGACAUGGUCAUCGGGAACAGGCGGAGCCGGAGUGAUUGGUGCCUUAUCUUACGCCGCUCUUACUACGGUAUUGUCUAUCGAGAACACAUUGUUGAUCAUGUUAAUUGUGCCACUUUUACAAGCGGUCGCAUUCUGGUGUGUUUUGAAACAUCCGGUGCACACCAGAAUAUCAAUCGCCAAGGACGGUGUCGAAAGUCGAGAGCAGAUCAUCAAGGUUCCCAAGAAAACCAUUAGGGACAAGAUUAAUUUGAUGCCUGGCUUAUUAAAAUACAUGGUACCGCUUGGGCUGGUUUACCUUUUCGAGUAUUUCAUCAAUCAAGGCCUGUACGAGCUCGUCGAAUUCGAUGACAUUUGGUUGAAACCACAUGAACAAUAUAGAUGGCUUCAAGCGGAUUAUCAGAUAGGUGUAUUUAUCUCGAGAUCAUCGGUAAAUCUAGUUACGAUUGACAGAAUUUGGAUUAUGUCCGUGUUGCAGUUCAUUAACGUCUUAAUUCUCCUCUUUGAGACUCUUUUCUAUUAUAUACCAAAUAUAUGGAUCGUUUUCGCUCUUGUAUUGUGGGAAGGUUUACUUGGCGGCGGAGCGUAUGUCAACACUUUCUAUCGGAUGUCGACUGAGAUUCCGAAAGCGGAUCGUGAGGUCUCUAUGGGAAUCGCGACGAUGUCGGACUCGAUCGGAAUUGCAUUGGCCGGCUGGUUGUCCAUGCCAGUCCACAAUGCCAUUUGCAAGUUGCCCCAGCCGAAGAGAUUAGGUAGCUAAUAAAGGUAUCUCGAAUCUUUUAUCUUAUUUAUCACACAGAGUGAUAACGAGGUCUCUGCGUGUAGAAAUUUCUAUUUCUGAAAGUUCCUCAAUGUGAUACAUCGGUGUUUACAGCGCCGAAGAUCCAUACUUGUUUUUAGUAAGCAUUUAGCAAUUGUAUGUAGACUAAAGUAAGUUUUCAUCAUGUGAUUGAUAUUUGGUAUCACAAGAAAAUGUCAUAUGGAUUUGACUUUAUAAUACAAACGUUUAUGAAGUCUGUGACAUUUUGAGAUAAACUAGCGUUAGAGGAAAAAAUAUUCCAGGAUACAUGAAUUUUCAUUAUCCUUUGUAUAAAUUUUAAUUGUUUUAUAAAAAUAUCUUUAAAAGUA